GAAACUGGCGCUGCCAAAACCCACAAAAUGGAUUUGAUAUUGCUGUAGUUUCAUGCUUCGCAAAAGAAAAAAGAGUUGAUUUCAGAAAACAAAUAAAAUGACUUCACGUUCAUGUUCCAUUUUACUAAGAAUUUACCGAUCAGUCUCUCGUUCCGCAUUGAUUCAUCCAACCCUCAUCCAAAAAUCAACUUUUUUCUCUACAUUCCCUCCCGAUGAUCUGAAAAGACUCGAUCACAAGGACUGGUUGUCACCUAGAGAAGUCCUGAAAAUCUUCGACGGUCUGAGAAACCCAGAAUCAGUAAUGCCAGUCUUGGAUAGUGUUUCCAAGAGAAAAGACUUCAAACCCAAUGAAGCCCUUUACACUCUGGUAAUCAACAAGUUGGCACAAGCCCGCAUGUUUGAUGCCAUUGAAGAUGUCAUAAAGACGCUCAAGAUUGAUAAGCAAUGUAGAUUAUCUGAUGUGUUUUUCUAUAACGUUAUCAAGGUUUAUGGGAAUGUUGCAGGUCAGCCUGACAGGGCUGUUGAGACCCUUUUUGAUAUGCCCAAGUUCCAUUGUUGGCCUUCUGUGAAGACCUUCAAUCUUGUGCUGAAUAUGCUUGUAUCAGCGAAAAGAUUUGAUGUUGUUCACAAGGUGUAUGCGGGCGCUCCUGAGUUGGGUGUAGAGAUUGACGCCUGUUGUUUGAAUAUACUUGUGAAGGGGUUGUGUAGAAGUGGUAAUGUGGAUGCGGCAUGUGAGCUGCUCGAUGAAUAUCCUAAACAAAGGUGUAGGCCCAAUGUGAGGACAUUUUCGACUCUGAUGCAUGGGUUGUGUGAAAGUGGUAGGGUGGAGGGAGCGUUGGGGUUGUUGGAGAGGAUGGAGAGGGAGGGCGUUUACCCUGAUACCGUCGUGUUCAAUAUAUUGAUAUCGGGGCUGAGGAAGCGAGGGAGAGUUGAAGAGGGGAUGGAGCUUCUGGGGAGAAUGAAGCUGAAAGGGUGCUACCCGAAUGCGGGGUCUUAUCAGGAGGUUUUGUAUGGUGUUCUUGAUACUGGGAGGUUUGGUAAGGCAAAGGAGUUCAUGUGUCAGAUGAUAGAUGAAGGUGUAAGUCCGAGUUUUGUGUCUUAUAAGAUGAUGAUCUAUGGGCUUUGCAAGGAGAACCUAGUUGCUGAUGUGGUUUGGAUUUUGAAGCAAAUGGUGGAACAAGGCUUUGUUCCGGAGAGGUGGAUGUGGAGGCGGAUUCUUCAGACCAUGUUCCCAAGGAAUGUCUCUCAGUCUGAAAUUAUGGAGGAAGUAGCCACUUGAAACCUGCACCUGCAGUGUAUGGUUCAUCAGCUAUAAAUUUGAAACUUUGGAUUGC